UCUCUCUCUCCCUCCCUCCCUCCCUCCCCUCUCUUGGAACGGAACAGUCUGAAAUUACCAAAAUGCACAUUAUAAUAAUACAUAGAAACAUACAAACAAGGUAAAAGCAUAGGCAAGGGAGGAUUUCCGUUGCGUGUAACGCUUGAACACAGCACCACAGCCAAAAAUCAAGAAUCCCAAUUCACCUCUGCCCUGUCUUCCUCUUCCUUCCUUACCUCGAUCUCUGUUCCUCCGUCUGCUCCCCAACCCCCCCGCCCCUACUGUUCAUUCCUUGUCAGUACACAGUACCCAUCACGUUCCCUUCCCCCUUCACCUCUCUCAGACUUCCUUGCCUUCUCUCUUCCAUUUCAGCUCCGAGGAACCUGCAUCGCUUGCUUGAUCGUUUUGCUGGGCUCUCUCUUUCAGAUCUCCUCAUCCGAAGUUAUCUUCCUAAACUAGAGAAAGCCCUCCAAUUGGAUGAAAGAUCUCGUAUUAUGUCUGGACUGAUUGAAGGCCUUCCCGAUGCUGUUGCACUGAGGUGCCUUGCGCGGGUCCCAUUUUAUCUCCAUCCAAAACUUGAGCUUGUGUCCCCAUCCUGGAGAGCUGCCAUCCGUAGCCAGGAGCUAUUCAGAGCUCGGCAAGAGGUGGGAUCCUCCGAGGACUUACUUUGUGUCUGCGCUUUCGAUCCCGAGAACCUGUGGCAACUUUAUGAUCCUCUCAGAGACCUUUGGAUUACUCUCCCCGUCCUACCCUCAAAGAUAAAGAACCUGGCCCAUUUUGGCGUGGUCUCAGCCGGCGGAAAGUUGUUUGUUCUUGGUGGCGGAAGUGAUGCUGUGGACCCCUUAACUGGGGACCAGGAUGGGAGCUUCGCGACCAACGAGGUUUGGUCAUACGACCCGGUGGCUCAGCAGUGGUCCCCAAGGGCCUCGAUGCUCGUGCCACGGGCGAUGUUUGCCUGCUGCACCGUGGAUGGGAAGAUAGUGGUUGCAGGUGGCUUCACGAGUUGCCGAAAAUCAAUCUCCCAGGCAGAGAUGUAUGACCCUGAUAAGGAUGUCUGGGUCCCCAUCCCCGAUCUCCAUCGGACCCACAACUCUGCCUGUACUGGGGUCGUGAUUGAGGGGAAGCUCCACGUGCUCCACAAGGGACUGUCAACAGUACAAGUCCUGGACCAUGCGGGCCUUGGGUGGACUGUGAGGGACUACGGUUGGCUGCAGGGCCCUAUGGCGGUCGUCCAAGGGGCGCUCUAUGUGAUGUGCCAUGGUGUUAUUAUCAGGCAGGAUGGAGACACGAGGAAGCCGAUAGUCUCGGCCUCGGAGUUUCGGAGGAGGAUUGGAUGUGCCAUAUGUGGGAUUGGGGACGAAAUCUACGUGAUCGGUGGGGUGAUUGGGCCUGACCGGUGGAAUUGGGAUAUUAAGCCGCUCUCCGAUGUGGACGUCCUUAGUGUCAGCAGUGACAGGCCCACAUGGCGCCAGGUAUCGCCCAUGACACGAUGCCGUGGUACGAUCCUCGGGUGCACAAAGCUGAGUAUAUAGCAUGACAAUCACCUGUUUGCACUUAGCAGUUUUUUUGAGUCAAUUGUGCUUUGGCUUAAAGAGGGAACUCUCAAAUCCCUCUGUCGGCUGGAGAUGUUUUUUGGUGUCUCUUACCUCAGUUUGUAAUCACUGACUCUGGCUUCCAGUUCGUGUAUGUUGUCUGUCCUGAUACGAGUUUUAUGAUGCUAGUGAGACAGGCACAAUCUCGGGUGUAUGAAUUUUAGAGACCCUUGUUUCAUGGAGGAUAUGUGUCUACUCUCUUUUUUGUAUCUUUCUUAAGGGGAAUCGUUUUUCAGUUGUUGGGGGGGUAGUUAGUUUUGUGGCUGUUCAUUGAGAGAACAAAUUACCUCUUUCUCAUAACAAAGUAAAUUUCUAUUUGAUUCUUUUUA